UGAGCGAUCGCUCAGUCGCUGGAAACUCGUCGAAAUAGUCGCGUCUUUGGGCAGAAGAUCGGUUGAUUUCAACAUGAAAAUCGAAUGGAUUCCUCUACGAGUUCCGCUGGACCGGCGUCUCCAGACCCUUGUCACGGCGUUCUUCACCUAUACUUUCUUCACGCUACCCAUAUCUUCCUGCUUCACAGUUGCUUUGCUCCUGUACUACGGUGGACUGUUCCUGCGCAGUCUACUUUUAAUCUAUUUUGUAAAAAUAUAUUUGGAUUACAAGAAAAACUACGGUAUUAUGGAGGGCAAUGGCUGGCUAUUUUACCGCACUAUUCGGAGAUAUCGGAACUAUUUUCCCGUUGAGCUUGUAAAGACAGCUGAACUGCCGGCAAACAAAAAUUAUAUUGUAGCUAGUUUUCCACACGGAAUACUUGGGACUGGAACUUGUAUCAACAUGAGCUUGGACAUUGAAAACUGGCUAGAGCUCUUCCCACAAGUUCGACCAAAGAUUGGAACCCUGGAUCAUCAUUUCAAGACCCCUCUUUUACGUGAUAUAUUGCGGUGGUGGGGCAUGGUGUCGGUUUCCAAGGAGUCACUGGUUUAUUUACUAAGCAAAUCGAAUGAUCCCAAGCAUAGGGAUAAUCGAGAUGGUUUUACAUCGAAUGCGGUGGCUGUACUGGUAGGUGGAGCCCAGGAGGCCAUGGACUCGCAUCCUGGAAAGUAUAUUUUGACCUUAAAAAAUCGUAAGGGUUUCGUCAAAAUGGCCAUUCGAACCGGUUCGUCGAUUGUGCCCUCGUUUUCCUUUGGCGAGGUGGAUAUAUUCGAUCAGGUGGACAAUCCUCCGAACUCCCUGCUCCGACGCUUUCAAAAUGGGGUAAAGAAAGUCACAGGUAUUUCUCCGCUCCUUCCCAAGGGUCGGGGUAUUUUCAACUACAACUAUGGCAUAUUGCCUUAUCGCAAACGUAUUGUACAAGUUGUUGGAUCCCCCAUCGAUGUGGUAAAAAGCGAUACUCCCGAUGCCGACUAUGUGGAUAAAAUCCAUGCACAGGUGAUUGAAGCACUAGAGAAGAUGUUCGAGCAGUACAAAGAGGAGUACAUUCCGAACUCCAAGCAGAACAGGCUGGUUAUUCAAUAACUGUGAAAAAAACCUCAGACUAUGUGAUUUUCAAUAGAAUUUAGGAAUCUUCUUUAAACGCAACACAGGACAAAGUUGUUCGAUUAUUUUUAAAGAAAGCGUA